AUGACUGCCACCAUGCCGAUAGAAACAGACUUUGUACACUCACCGCCGCUGCCGCAGCAUCUGCACAUUGUAGCGCUGGAGACGUAUCUCACCACGCUGCCGCCGAUAGUUGUGCCCAAGCCGUACACGUUCACGUUGACGGCGUACGAGCGGUCGGCCGGCAAGGAGAUCGCUGAGCGCAUCGCAGACGCAGACAUUGUGAUCUCCAUGGUGGUGCCUCUCCGUUCAGAGGCUCUGGCUGCGGCUCCACGACUGCGGCUGAUCUCCGUCAUGGCCUCAGGCACCGACUCAGUCGACCUCGACUUCUGUGCUGCACGAGGCAUCCGUGUGCUCAACAGCCCCAACUGCAACACCACCUCACUUUCCGAGCACGUGGCUGCCAUGUAUCUGUCGCUGCGCCGCGGCCUUUUGCCCGUGAUGCGUGCCACCGCGCGCGACGACUGGCCUCGCGAGGGCACUCUGAUGUCCCACGUCUACACCUGUGGUGUGCCUCCGCCCAGCUGUCGUGACGAGACCCUCGCCAUUGUUGGCUACGGUGGUGUCGGCCAGGCUGUCUGCCAGUUGCUCGGCGGACUCGGCAUGCAGGUUGUCGUGGCCGCCAGGAAAGGAGGCGAUCCAGCGCCAGAGUCCACAUCCACUUCAGCUACUUCGGCCUCUUCUUCUCCCCCCCGGAUCGCCUUUGACGAGGCCCUCCAACGAGCCACAGUUCUUGUCGUCUGCUGUCCUCGUCUUCCUGACACCAUGAAGCUCAUCGGCAGCAGCGAGCUUGCCCGCAUGCGCCCUGACGCCAUCCUCAUCAACGUUUCCCGUGGUGGCAUUGUUUGUGAGGCCGACUUGGUCUCUGCCCUGCGUGAAGGCCGCCUCUCUGGUGCUGGAGUCGAUGUUUUUGACCAUGAGCCAGCCUCCUCCCAGUCCAGCCCCCUCGUCGCAGCUGCCGCUGCCGCGGAUCUCAACCUCAUCAUCACCCCACACACGGCUUGGGUCGCUGCCAGCACCCGUGAAAACUACCGGCGCACCGCUCAGGAGAAUGUCGAGCGCUUUCUCCGCGGAACCUACGAUGCCGACCGCGUGAGGGCCUGA